AAAAAUACAGUGUAGGCGAAAGAUAAGUUUGAAACCCCCAUAAUCAAUUUGGUAAAGUUACUCAUUUUUGUUGGUUUAAUCAAGUCACUUAUCAGGAUUUGAUCAUACAUGAAAACCCCCAAUUGAAUUUGAUCGGUGGAGUCCAAGUCCAGCAAUAAAGAAAUCUCCGGCUGCUACCCAAGACUCUGAACCACCCUCAAUAUUGUGCAUACAAAUGAUGGAGGACAAGUCUCAAGUCUGCUCAAAAUAAUGACUACACACAUUACAUAAAGUUUACUCUCAAGUAAUAUAUUUUUAUAUAUACAUAUAUAACUAUAAUACCAACAUAUAAAUAUGUCAGCACCAAGAAGGUGGGAACACCUUAAAAUGCCAUUUGAGCAGAUAAAAGCGGCAACUAAUGACUUUAGCAUAUGUAUUGGAAGUGGCGGAUACGGACGGGUGUACAAAGGACACCUCUCCAUCUCCGGAAAACUUACAACGGUUGCAGUGAAGAGGCUAAACGAGCAUCUUGGACAAGGGUUGAGAGAGUUUUUGACAGAGCUUGAGUUGCUCUCUGGUCAAAAUCAUGAAAACGUCAUCUCGCUUCUGGCUUAUUGCGACGAGGGAAAGGAAAAGAUUAUUGUGUAUGAGUACGCAGAGCGUGGAAGUUUUGAUAAGUAUAUCAGGCGUACCAGUGAUGACAAAUCUACGUGGCUGGAAAGACUAAAAAUAUGUGCUGAUGCGGCUCAUGGAUUAGAUCAUCUCCAUAGUCACUUUGGAGAGCAUCAAGCCAUAAUCCAUCGGGAUAUCAAAAGCGCUAAUAUAUUGAUAAAUGACAAAGGGGUAGCUAAAGUUUCUGAUCUUGGAUUGUCCAAGUUGAGUUUAGCAGGUUUAGAUAGAAGCGCUGUUAUUUCCAACGCAUGUGGCACACCUGGUUAUGUUGAACCAGAAUACAUUAACACUGGUGUUGUGACAAAACAAUCUGAUGUUUAUUCUUUCGGUAUGGUACUAUUUGAAGCUCUUUCUGGGAGGUUGUGCUCACUCAAAGAGGAUGAUGGCUUCUUGUUAUCAGGAAAAUUAGCCAAAGACUACUACAAAGAGAAUAAGUUAGAUGAGAUUGUUGAUCCUGGUUUAACGGAACAAAUGAGCUUAUACUCCAUGAGAAAAUUUGCAGCAAUUGCAUAUAGAUGCUUGCAUGAUGUUCGAGAACGACGACCUUCUAUGGAUGUUGUCAAGAAAGAACUUGAAGACACAUUAAAAAUCCAGGUGGAAUUUGAGCAUAAUAAGAAGAAUAAGAAGUCAUCAAAGGGUCAGGAUGCACCAAAACCGGACUCCUAUUGGGAGACAAAGCUACCAGGAGACUGGAAAGUAAUAAUUAAAAUGCUUGAUCUUUCUGAGGCGAGAUAUAGUAGCAUAAAGAAACUCUUCUUUCUUCUUCACAGGGGAAUUCUUUUCGAUGAAGGCAACAAGGUGUUAUGGAUAAAUGACGAAGAAAAGAGAUGUUUAUUGAUUUCAGCUAGAUCAUUUCUGACAAUGGGCAUUCCAAAUUAUCCGAGAUGGGUGUCACAUUGUUAUUUGAGGUUUUCAACUGUCGCGGAGUAUUCUUUCAAGGAAUUUCAUGAUAUUAAAUGUCAAAUAAAAACCAAUGUGUUAUCACUUGGUACCAUGUAUGCUGCUAGCUUGAUAUUCAAAUACCGGGAGCAAUCCAUUAGGGAUCUCGAACGCUUAAAGUUGAUAACAAUUAGAUGGAAAAUGGGAGAGUUGACUGUAUGUUCUACACAUACUGCAGAACUCGUAGUGAAUAACUGGUAUAAGAUCAAAAUGUGGUAUUUCAUUAAUCAUGGGCCGAGUGCUGAAUUUGACUUUGUAAUAAAAGAGCUUUCAUAUUUCGAAGAUCCUAUGGAAUCUGAGUUAUUGAUCCAAGGAAUUGAGUUUUAUCCUAUAGAGAUGAUGCAGCAAGAAGAGACAGAAAAAUUUACAAGUCUUUCAGUAUCACAUGAAGAUGAAUAUUGGGGGGAAAAGUUGCCAAAUGACUAUCAAAAUUAUAUUCAAAGGUCAGACAAGCCGUUGCACUACACCAACAAAAAAGAGCUCUACGCCUGUUUUUGUGAUGGUUUCCUUGGUGAUAAUGGCCAAUUGUGGUUUUCACUAUGCAAAUCAACCGGUGGAAUAUGUUCUAUGAUACCAGCUACAAGUACCUUACCCGACAACUGUAACUACAAACGUUUAGAUACAAUAUCGCUAUCUACAUCCAGGUUUGGCAAGGUGAAAAAACUACAGGAAGCGUAUUGGUACAGUUUUGAGUGUAAACUUCAAGCACGCAUGUUUUCGCCUCAGUAUAAAUACGCAUGUUAUCUUGUGUUUAAAUUUGAAGACAACCAUUCAGAGCCUGAUGAUACUUGUUUCUUUAAGGCAUGGUACAACUUGGAUGACACUUUUGGAGAUACAUUUUAUGCACAUUUCAAACUGUCUUCAAUGAAUAUACCAACAAUAGAAUCAAAAAAUAGUUAUGGAUCAGAUGACUUAUCAAAGAUAUCGACAACUGAAAGAUGGAUAUCAAAAUGUGACACUGAAUUUGUUGCAGAUAGUCGGAUGAAAGAACGAGGGGAUGGUUGGAUGGAGGUGAUGUUGUGCAAACCAGCUGAGCAGUUGCAAAAUGGUACGUCACUACGGUUGACAUUAUCAAAAUUCAAGGGUGGGAGUUUUAGUGGAAUUCUUGUGGAAGGCCUUGAGUUUAGACCAACACUUGAAUAAUAUACCUUCCUGGUUUGUGUAUAUUAUUUGGAAAAAUUCUCUUUGCAAUGUUUUUGAGCUGGAACUAGUCUUCGGAGCAAUAGCCCUUCAUGAUUAUAGCUUUGAAAAAAGGCUAAUCAAAUUGUAAUGUAAAUUAGAUAUCUACAUUUUCUGUUUAAAAGUCAAAUGAUAUAUGAACCCUUCUUGUUGAAUUAAAAGUGUAAUAGAGUCAAAUAUAGUAAAUUCAACCUUUUUUUGUUUGUA